AGGAGCGGGCUGUCAGCCGCCGCUCGGGACGGACGGGCCGCGGGUGGGGCCUCGCCGCUUGUUGUCGUCCGGUGCUUGAGGAGAGGGUAGGCCGCUCGCUCGCUCGCUCGCCCGCCCGCCCCGGGGGACUCCCAGGUCUCGCUCAGCCGCUCGCUCCGUCCCGAGCAGUCGGGGACAUGUCGAGGUGGGCGGAGGCCCGGUGGGCCGGCGCCAGACGGCGGACGGCGGCCGAGGCACACGCGCCCUCCUCGAGCUUUCCCCGGAGACGCCUUCCUUUACUAACGCCCCGAGCCUGAAGGAGCUGUCACGGCGAGGAAGCCCCGCCGGGACCGAGAGCAGGAAACGCCGGAUACGCACACUUUGCAGCAGCUGUUGCGCAGGGAAUCGCUCUGGAAGCCGAGACAAUGAAGCUGUUGGAGAACUCAAGUUUUGAAGCAAUAAACUCCCAGCUGACGGUGGAGACGGGAGAUGCUCACAUCAUCGGACGGAUCGAGAGCUACUCGUGCAAGAUGGCUGGCGAUGACAAGCACAUGUUCAAGCAGUUCUGCCAGGAGGGCCAGCCGCACGUCCUGGAGGCACUGUCGCCUCCUCAGACCACGGGGAUCAGCCCCAGCAGGCUCAGUAAAAGUCAGAGCGGUGAUGAGGAGGGACCCCUGAGCGACAAGUGCAGCCGCAAGACCCUCUUCUACCUGAUCGCGACGCUCAACGAGUCCUUCCGCCCGGACUACGACUUCAGCGCCGCCAAGAGCCACGAGUUCAGCCGGGAGCCAAGCCUCAACUGGGUGGUGAACGCCGUCAACUGCAGCCUCUUCUCUGCUGUUCGGGAGGAUUUCAAUGCCCUGAAGCCACACCUGUGGGAUGCUGUGGACGAGGAGAUCUGUCUUUCAGAAUGUGACAUCUACAGCUACAACCCCGACCUGGAUUCAGACCCCUUUGGAGAGGACGGCAGCCUCUGGUCCUUCAACUACUUCUUUUACAACAAGAGGCUGAAGAGGAUUGUCUUUUUUACCUGUCGUUCCAUCAGUGGGUACGCCUACACGCGCUCGGAAGCUGGCAAUGAGCUGGACAUGGAUCUUGGGGAAGGAGAUGCGGAGGAGAACAAGGAUGCCGGCGACACCGAGAGCGGCAGCAUCGAGGAGGACAGGUUGCAAGUUAUUUGCAUGUGAGUUUCCAGAAGGGCUCCGAGGUGCUGCCAGCCCUGCCGAACCUCCCUUUGCCGUCGUGCCGCGGCCGAGGCAGCCCCGAGCCCCCCGACUGCCCCUGCCCAGCAGCUGCGGCGUCGCUCUGCCCGACACAUACACUGGAGUACCCCAGGCAUCUUGGAGCACGACGGACUGAAAGCAGCUGCGGCCUCCUGGCCGAAGACGCGUCCCCUCGCUCUGGUGCUGCCGGCCGACCUCCCCUAUCCCCUCGCCCGUGGCUGCUGCAGCACGGGCCGGGGCUCGCCGGACAGCUGUGUGGGAGCUCCGAGAAGCUUUGCUGCACUUUAUCGCUGAUCUCGUUGGCUGCACUGACCUGCAAACUCCUCGUGGCGCUGAAGCCGGGCUGGAUUUCCCUCGAGCACUUUUCUGUACUGGCUGUGACCCAGCGAACGCCGUCCAUCCACAGCACCAGCAGCAGCGGAGGGACGCCUCUGCCCGGCCUCCUCCGGAAGCAGCGUUGUUGAACUCCCCAUGAACUGUCCUCAGCUCCUUCCCCGGAGAAGAGUCCAUUUGUUUCAAAGAGGUUUGCUUUGCUCUUGCCCUCCCACAGUGGUUUUUCUCUGGUGUUUUGAUUUUGUUGGUUGUUUUUUUAAUCUUUGCUGGGCAGUACCAGCCUCCUGCCCUGGUCCUGUGCAGAGGGGUCCCACCAAGCAGCCCUGCGGGUGAACGCUGGACCAGGCGCCUCAGCCCACACCUCCCCUUGUUUUCUUUGGGGUUUUGUUUCUUUAAACCACACCUGACUUUUGGCAGUGUGGAGGCCAGGGCACGGCUCAGCCCUCGCCGGGGGGCUGCGCUGCCUGGUUUUGUGUUGGGGGUGAGCUCGGCCCGCAGCAAGAGUGGGGUGCUGCCACUCCCACCUGCGCUUUGGUUUGACCGCAUCUCCCUCUCCAUCCCCCUCGCCCAGCCGCUGCAGGGACGAGCCCCCCUCCCUGCCCAGGUGCCCAGAGUUUCGGGGGCCAAGUUCGCCCCCCCCCAUCCUUGGGCAGGUGCCGGGUGAGGGCAGGGAGAGCUCAGCUGAGCACGCACAAGAGAGGGGCAACGCCUGCUGCAGCAUCCCAGCUGCUUCAGAACGCCCCCCACCCCCCGAGAGGAGCCCGAGUGGGGCAGCGUGGUGGCCCCCGGUCCUCGCCCCCAUCUGGGGGUGUGUCAGGGGGUGUCCCUCUUCCUCCCGCUGGGGCCUGAGCGGCUUUUGGAAGCGGCUGGCUGGGGAGGGGGAGUGGAUGCCCCAAGGCUGGAGACUCCCGUCACUGGGGGCUUCCCCGGGGGCUUCCCCAGUCCCUGGGCUUGGCGGGGGGCGAGAGGCUGCAGAUGUUGCAGACCCUGCUCCAGCCUCCGGCCAGGCAAGGCAGAGCCUCGGGGUGCAGAGGGCAGGCAGACAGGUACCCCCUCUCCUUCCCCCGGUGCCGAGGCGCAGAGGUGGGCGCUGGCAGCAGCGUGGUGUUCCCGACGGUGGCUCUCCCGGCUCCUCUCCCUCACUGUAACUCCUCACAAGUUGUUUUUACGUUGGAAUUUGUUUCCUCGUUGCUCUUCAGGACGGACCUGAGCCCUGGCCCCCGCUGCCGCCUGGGUAGGGCUUUGCCUUCAGCUCCCGUCACGCUGCCCCUUUUCCCACCCUAGCUCACGGGACCCUCAUGCCUCCCCCUGCACCCGUGUGGGCUCCCCGGGGCCCGGCCCGGCGGGGUGGGAGCAGGAUUUGGCCUGGUCCCGUCUCUGCCGUUGUUCGCCCCUGUACUAGCGCACUGUGUGGCUGCCCGCCCCGUCGGUCCCUGUCAGGGAAUUGGACUUCACAGCAUAGCAAUGUAUUGUUACACCAAUAAAGUUUUUCUGUCA